UUUCCAACGAUUAGACAUCUAUUCCUUUCACGUUCACUCCAACUUACCCUCCUUUACUCCAACGUCGUGUUGCCAGGGACCCUGAAAGGCGAUAUUAUCUUAACGGAACCUCUUGGGAACCACUUUCGUGAACCCUUCUUUUCCCUGUUAUUGUUUUCCAACCGUCAGAUCAUGAUGGAUUCCACACUCAUAUCUUCAUCUCGAUCGAUGGUCCAAGGCAUCGCAGGCGCUGCCAUCGGACUGUCAAGUAUCCUCGUCAUCGUGCACAUCAUCUCCAGACGUACCGCAAGAGCCGCGAUAUGGUGGGAUGACGGCUUGUUGUGGUCGGGUAGCUUCAUGGCCCUUGUUAUGAAUGCUCUCUUCAUCCAUGGCCUUGGUGAAUAUGAAGAACAAGUAUCCUCAUCACAACUUGAAAGCAUCUUCAAGAUACUAUUCACCAACAACUUGAUCCACCUUUGGGCAUUGGCUGCCAUCAAGGCUUCAUUACUCCUCUUCUUCAACCGCAUGUUUGCCAGCUCCAACAACACACUCCGUUGGACUGUUUACUCCUCUCUUUGCCUCAUCUUCAUCUGGGUCAUCACCUUCACUGCCAUCUCAAUCUUCCAAUGCACACCAAUAUCCUUCUUCUGGGACAGUGGCAUCACUGGCCAGUGUAUCACUUCAAACUGGACUUCCAGGACUGCCAUUGCCAUCUGUGAUACUGCCUUCAAUUUAGCCACCGACUUCUUGUGCUUGAUGGCACCCUUCCAGGUGCUUCGUAAGCUACAAUUACCCGCUGGCAAGAAGGCCGGUCUGGCUGCCGUCUACCUCCUUGGCGGCUGCAAGAUCGUCAUUACCGGCAUUCGUACCCUUUACCAGCUUGACAUUCCUUACAUGGCCUCAUCCGACAGCCUCUACUCAUCAUUCGCUCCUACCAUCUUCCUCAUCAUUGAGACCAACCUUGCAAUCGCUUGUGCUUGCGUACCCUCUUUCUCCGUCAUGGAUGGUCGCGCAAUCUUCGUCAAGACCACCAAACUCACCUCUCGCUCCAACACUCCCGAAGUGCUCGAGCCUCCAAUGUCUCCUUACAACCGUUCCAACCAACAAUUUUCAGACACCUCUGUCUUCCUCACAGAGUUCAAGCGUCAACCUCAGGCCGAAUUCCCUAUCCUCACCACCAUCACUAGCAAUGUUGCAGAGGAGCCUACUCGCCUGCCCAGCCUCGAGCUCGGCAGCUUUGCUCAAUCCUCAGUCUUUGACAUUCUCAAACCUGCUGGUGGCAUUGUCAAGACCUUGAACGUCGAGCAGACGAUCGAAGAGUUUGACACUGUCAGUAUGCUGAAUGUCGAACAAACGAUUGAAGAAUAUGACUACAUCAUGAGACAAGCGUCCUUCUCCAUCGUUUGAUGACCUCCUUUUCCCCCUUCUUGUCUCUUCUUUCUACUGUCGUUUUUCUUCCUUGCUGUUUACCCGUUGUCCCUUUUAUACCCCCUUUCGCUUUUAUGGUUGGUUGUUGUCGUUGCUGUUUGGAAAGCGUGAAGCGUUGGUGUUAUAUCAUGACUGAUCAAAGCGCGGUGUUCCGGAUGGGAUGGUUGGAUGGCUCAUAUUUUUCUCCUGUCGCUUAGCGAC